AUGCGUUCCAUAAUAUCCUUAAUUACUAUUUUGGUUGUUGGUGUUUGCCUAAUUGAAGCCAAACCACACAAAUAUCAUGGCGACGAUGGUGGUCAUGGCAAGGCUACAAGUUACGCCAUUGUAACGAAACAUGAAACUGAACAUGGUAGUGGAGGUCAUGGAGGCCAUGGUGAUAGUGGCAGUCAUGGAUACGAUGAUCAUUCCGAAUAUCAUGGCUACAGUCAACAUGGUGGACAUGGCGGUGAUCACGAAGAAUAUUAUGGCAAGGGCCAUCAUGGCGGUGAUGAUGAUGGCCAUGAUUAUCACAGCCAUCCUAAAUAUGAUUUCGAAUAUGGUGUCAAGGACUCAAAGACUGGUGAUGUGAAGGAGCAAUGGGAAUCCCGUGAUGGUGAUAAGGUUAAGGGCAGCUAUUCUCUCAAGGAGGCUGAUGGCACAACCCGUGUUGUAAACUAUUCGUCUGAUAAGAAGUCGGGCUUCGAGGCUACUGUUCACAAAAUUGGUCAUGCCCAUCAUGAUUAUAAGGAAGAAAGUCACCACGGCCACGGAUAUCAUGGUAAACAUUAUUAA